AUGCACUACGCACCUGCAUCCAUUCUCCCUGCUCUCCUCCUUGCGGGCACCCUUUCUUCAUGUUUUCCUUCCCAGCCAAAGGUCCGGGAAAUUGUCGAGAUUCCCGGCGUCCGGAUAGAGAAUGUUGCUUCUCGAUCCAAUGGUGACCUGUUACUUAGCACAAUGGGGGAAGGCAAACUCUACUCAGUUAAUCCAUAUAAAAGCCCUCCUAAACUGGAGAUGAUUGCUCAGAUUGAGGGCGUCAAUAGUCUAUUUGGCAUUACCGAGAUCGGCGACGAUGUCUUUGCUCUGGCUGCAGGCAAUGACACCGGACAACAAUUCCAAAACAACAGCAUGAAGCUUUCGCUACUCAAGUUCAACUAUGGCCAGCUGUCUGUUGAUACCGUUUUUGAGGAGUCCAAAUAUGGCCCUGUUAAUGGCAUCGUGGCACUUCCCUAUUACAAGCAUAUCAUCCUUGGUGCUGACUCUGUACGAGGAGAGAUUUUGCGCAUAGAUACAACUACUGGCAAAAUCACAGUGGCUAUUCAGGAUAAGGAGUUUACUCCCGGUGUCGAUGGCCCCUAUGGUCUUGGAGUCAACGGCAUUAAGAUCUAUAAAAACUACCUGUAUUUCACUAAUACUGAUCGCCGGACCUUUGGCCGAAUGAAGAUUGAUAAGCUUGGAAAAAAGGUCGGAGACGUUGAGAUUAUCUACAGGGUUGAGAAGGGAUCUCCAUCCAUACCCGAUGACUUUACUAUUGAUCGGAAUGGUAAUGUAUUUGUUGGCAUUUGGCAAGACAAGCUGAUUAAGAUCACACUUGACGGCGAAGCUACAGUCCUCUCCGAGGGGCUUCUUGCUGGACCUACUAGUGUGACCCUAAGCAGAGAUGGCAAGAGUGUUUUUGUUGUCACAGCUGGAAUGAACAACGAUAAUGUAUCUGGUGGCCAGGUGGUCCAGGUCAGAAUCUGA